UUUGAUCAUGAUUAUGCAAAGAAAGCUCCUGCUUCCUCCUCUGUGUCUCAGAGACCCUUAGGAGUAACUCCAGGGAGAAUGAAAGCUUGGGAGUCAUCCCAUCCCUCGCUCAGGUGCAAAAUCCCCUGCCCUCUGCCUGGCACUGUUAGGGAAGGAUCAGUUUCUCUGCCUGGAGGGGCAGCCUCCUGUGGCCUGGAUGCAUUGGAGCCUGAACACUGGAACAGAACCUCCUCUUUCCAUCCCGUUGUCCCCCCGGGGUCUCUCUGCUGGGCUUACAAAGUGACCAAAGCCAAAUGCUGGUCUGUGAGAGAAAGAGGAGGCAGACACAUCGGGGAACUGAGAAGUACUUUGAAGCACCCCACUCACCAUGGUAUGAGGAGAAAGUUGGCCACAUCCCUGGCAACUGCUGCUUCUCUUGGACUGGGAAAGGGGCAUUUGCUUGUUUCUAUCAGAUUCAUGGAUACCACCAAGAAAAGAGGUCAGUCUGAGGCAUUUAAGGUUUGUUGAAACACAGAGGUUUAACUGGUGAUUGAGGUACAUAGGGUGAUAUAAAGAGCAUGGACUUGAGAAUCUGAUGGGUUUUGUUUAAAGUUAGGACUAAGCUACUGACUAACCACCCUGCUAAUUGUCUUUGGGAAUUAUUUAACCUCUCUGAACCUCAGCUUAUGCAUGUAAUAGGACACUAGCACACAG